GAGGUUGUAGAGCUAGACGGCAAGGUUACCAAGGUGACGGACAGUAUAGAGACUCUUCAGGAGAUAAUACACGGUCUGAAGGUAGAACUGGAACAGCUGAAGAGGGAUCACUGCGCUAUCAUGCAGUAUCUUCUACACCUUCCGUCUGCGACGCAAAAGCUGAAUAGUUUCAGUUACUCGACACCAGGCUCCCAGAAGUUGCGGUCUUCAGUUCACCCUUACUGUUCUACUGCCUCCAUGGAGAACUCCCCUGAUGAGUUGGUGAACGCUAUAGCUUUAGCAAUCCAGAACCGAGGAGGGGGUGGGCCUCAUCAGUCCCUCCUAGACGGCAACCGUACGGAGAAGUGCCCUACUGGGAUCGCUACCAAGGGAACUGAAUUCGACGAUAUUAUGCAUUUCGGGGACGACAUCUCAAUUGCCAAGUCACAGUUGUACAGCAUCAUCACCAAGGCGAGGAACUGCGCUCACCCUCAAACAAAGCUCAUCACCAUGCUGGUUAAGAACCUGAUCCCAGAUUACGAGGGGAAGAGUUACACUCGCCUGGAUCCUAGUCACACCAACAUCCUGCGGAGUUUAUAUUUCACUGUAUUCCCGGUGGAUGUUGAUGACAAUGUUGUAGAUGACGAUAUGCGGGAGAGAAUUAAGACACGUAUUGAGGAGGAGAUAUGGCAGAAGCUCAAGGUAACAAUAACGGAUUGUUGUCGUAAAGCAAAGCCGAAGCCAGCAGUGCCAGCAAGUACCACCUACUACCCCACCCACGUACCUCUCCCCACCAUCUCCGCCUCCGGGAGCCGGAGUCUUUCUCCCAACCUCACUCAGGCUAUAAACUCUCACAUCUUCAGCACACUGUCUCACCAGUCGUUCAAUGCUGCCACAACCCUCGCCAUGUCCAACCCCUCUGCUCUAUCCAUGGUUAACACCAUCAAAACAGAGGGCAACCACCAUUAGCACGUGUCUCACCUGAUGUCCUUAUUUGGUCAUCCUCAGUGCGGUGUUGAACACAGAGUUGUACAACCCUGCUGCUGAUUUUCUCAACUCACCGCUCCCCGAUACAAUCACGUGACCUUUGUUUCCCCCGCAUGACGUCAUUACAGACAUCAUGAACUUAUCUUGAUGACGUCAUCAUGACACGUGACGUCAUUAAUAUGAUGUUGUUUUGCCCGUCAAAUAACCCGAAGGAAUGAACGCAGGAAUAAAAAGUAAACGGACUGGUGCCGGUUAGUUGCUGGUUCAUUGCUGUGUUGUAGGGGAGAUCAGACUUGAAAAUCACUGCUGGGACAGCUGUCCCCAGUAUCCGAUAGGUGGGUUGGUUUUGGGUUUAUCCGUAGGUCUAGAUUUGGAAAAUUAAACUCGGCUGAUCGGCAGAUGGGAACCAAUCAUCGAUUUUUUAAUCGUGUGACGUCAUUUCUCCGCGUGACGUCAUCAAAUCUAUUUUUCGUAUGUAUGGUUACCUACUGAUUUUCAGAUUAUACACAUCUUAUUUCCGAUCAGCCGGUGUGAAUGAAGUCUCAGUGUGUAUUAUAUGUGGCAUAAUUCUCAUAAAUUAUGCAGAUGAUGGAGAGUAUCACAAUUAGUAAUUCUCAGCCAAUUACUUAAUUAGUAAUUCUCAGCCAAUUACUUAAUUAGUAAUUCUCAGCCAAUUACUCGAUUACUCUUUUCUUAUAAUUCAGUGUCUCUCUAAAUAUACGUGUGCUCUAUUGUUAAUUAUGUUUUUACUAUUUUGAUAGUGCUUAAAACUAGUUUAUACUCGACACUAAACUCUGCUAAACCUUAAUGUUAAGUGUUUCUGAUGUAAAAGGGGGCUGCGCUAAGAAUUAUCCUUUACGAGGUGCAAUUAAUCUACUAAUUACGUAACUAUAGAUUAGGUUAGGUUUGUUUUGGACUAAAAUAAUUAAAAUAUAUCUUCUAAAAUAUCUUAAAUAAUUUUUUUUCUUGUUUCUAGGUAACUGUUAAAAUGAAGACAGUGUUUUAGUUUGUAAAAAUUAUACGAUCCUGUUUUCAAACGCUUGCUCGAGAAGCGGGAUUCUUGUUAAUAAGAUUAAUGAUUGUAUUUCAAUAAAUUCUUGAUAAUAUAAUAUAUUUUGAAAAAUUGUGUUUAAGUAAAAUUGUCAG